UGAGGUUUAGUUAUGAAAAGUGCAUCAAUCUAAAGGGUUAUUUUUCUUCCAACACUACCAGAUUACACCUCUACUUAUAACUAACUCCUGCACCAUCUCUCUUUUUCCAGGACCAUAAAAAUUAAAACAGAAAUCUUUUGAACUGCAGUUAAUAAAUCGAAGUAAGUUCUUUUUUGGCCAAAAUCACUGGCCAUGGAUGACAUAUUCGAUUCUUCGCUGAACUUGGAGGAGACCCACUACAAGGAAGGAUACAACCAAGGCCAUUCCGAAGGUCUCACCGCUGGCAAGGAAGAGGCCAGGCAGGUGGGCCUCAAGGUAGGUUUCGAGGUCGGUGAGGAGUUGGGCUUUUACAAGGGCUGCAUUGACCUCUGGGUCUCUCCUAUCCAGGCUGACCACGCAGUGUUCUCUUCUCGGGCCCAAGCAGGUAUCCGGCAGAUGGAGGAGCUGCUCCAGAGGUACCCCAUGAUGGACCCAGAGGACCAGCACGUGCAGGAGAUCAUGGAUGAGCUGAGGCGCAAGUUCAAGAUGGUGUGUUCUUCGCUGCACAUCAAGAAGAUCGAGUAUGAUGGGUACCCGAAAGCAGUUGCUUCCGACGCCAACAGUCUUGAGUUUUAAAAGUGUUUCUUCUUUCUACUGUUGUAGACUUACAGCAUCUGAAAUUUAGUGAGGAUUUUCCUUCUGGGCUGAAAAGUUAGUGUUUGGUUUAGGGUAUGAAAAUGCCCCAUGGAUAGGUUAUGAACUUAUGAUCAUCUUUAGUAACAUCAGAUCCUGCUAUGAUCUAAAUUAUAUAUAUAUAUAUUCUGAGGUAAAUUUUUAAUA